AUGCCAUCGCAGGAGCAGACAUCCACAUUGAUGGAACUCCCUCCAGUUCCAGUCAGCCAUGACAACUGGAUUGCACACGCUGCUGCCCAUCCGGAAGCAUCGCUGCGCGACUUGAUCACACCAUACAAGGAAUAUGAUUCUAAACUACGCGAGGUGUUCGCGCAGCAACCCGAUCAUCCGGCCAUUGCGACUCCUAACGUCCUUCCCAUAUUCGUAGGUCGCGAACAUGAACUUAAGAUACGCGCUCGCAACCUUGCCGAUGAAUCCAAGGUUGAGCGCCAACGGUAUCUUAUGCCCCUCAACAAGGCAGACCGCAAGUCGACUGGCUCUCCAGCAGUCGUGCAAUCACUCAGCGAGUUCCAGACUAACUUCCAGCUAUUUUCCGAGUCAUCUCUCGUUGACAUGGAUUGGUCCAAUGUGGUAGUCGCGGGUAGCGCCGUCGUGACCUCGUUGCUACCUGUCCCUGAGAAAUACAAUGGCUCGAAGCGCGCGCUGCGCGAGUAUUAUCACCAACAAUUAGCGCCAGCUUCCGAUGUCGACCUCUUUCUCUACAACCUCACCGAGGAACAAGCCGUUGAGAAGAUCAAGCAGAUUGAACAACGCAUCAAAGACUCAAUCCUGACCGAGACAACUACUGUCCGGACCAAGAACGCUAUCACUAUCGCUUCGCAGUAUCCGACUCGACACGUUCAGAUCGUCUUGCGGGUCUACAGAUCCAUCUCCGAGAUCCUUACAGGCUUCGAUGUUGACUGCUCCUGUGCUGCAUACGAUGGCAAGCAAGUCUACGCUAGCCCCCGCGCGCUCGCUGCAUACAUGACCCAGAUCAAUACCAUUGACUUAACGCGCCGCUCACCCUCGUACGAGAAUCGCUUGUCCAAGUAUGCACGCCGGGGAUUCGAAGUGUACUGGCCGCUCCUUGAUCGCUCGCGUAUUGAUCCGACGCUGUUCGAACGCUCAUUCGGUCGUACCCUCGGACUGGCCAGGCUACUGGUGCUUGAGAAAUUGCCAAAAAGCACCGAUCGUGACGCCUAUGUUGAUCAGCGUCGUGCUGAACGUGGCAGACCAGCCAUCAAUCGAUGGGCUACACAAAAGCUCCAUGGUGACAUCAAGCAACAGCAUGAUGAAGAUGUUGCUGAAUGGGUCGAAACCGACGAGAUUAGUGAUUACCAUACUUUCACCAUCCCAUACGGGCCAAAGUUUCACGCCCGGAAAAUCGAGAGGCUGUUGUACGCGAAGGACUUGUUACUAAACGCUGAAUGGAACAGACCCAAGGAGCGGGAAACUACGUUGCAUCGACACCCUGCUUUCUUUGGAAAUGCGACCGACGUAAUAGGAGACUGUUGUGGCUACUGUCCUAAGCCCACGACACCCGAGGACGAAGAGAUUGCGGAAGUAGAGGGCAAGGUCUACGUGUCAGGCACUUUGUCUUUCAUCAAAGACAAUCCUGGGCGGCAAGCAAUUGGUUCUUUCCAUCCUCUCACCGAUGACGACUGGACCGAGAUGGCAUACGUUGGUAACACGGCACGACUAUGUCAGGCUAUCGUCGAGGGAGAUCUCGAGCAUGUGCAGGAUUGGCUGAGCCAAGAGGAUGCUGAUCCCAAUCGACGAGACUACACCGGGCGCACCCCACUCCAUCUGGCGGUCACAACCUCAACCCCGCAGAUCGUUCAAGCUCUGAUCGAUGCAGGAGCUCGUAUUGUUGCUCGCCUCUUCGAUGGGAAGACUGCUCUCCAUCUUGCUGCUAUGCGCGGUGAAGUAGAGAUGGUCAGAGCUCUGCUUAUCAAGAGUGAGGCGAAUGAAGAGAUAGAAGCAGAGAAAGCCGCUCUCAAGAAGAAGACCCAGAAUGACCAGAAAGCUUCAAGUGGCACGCAUACCGCCGACCCCGAUGAGCAAAUGAACGAAGACAACAGUGAAGACGAGGACAUUGAUAUCCUUGACGAUGAGUCUGAGAACGCCGAUGCGACUACUGAAGGCUCUGUGAUCAAGAUUGAUAGCAAGAAGUCACAGGAUCAUGAGAACCUCCCAGACGAUGCGAAUGAUGAUGAGCCUGAUGUAUACGACGUCAACGUGCUUGCGUGGGACGCGCCCGUGUCUGCGCUCCAUCUAGCCAUUGCGAAUGGCCACACAGACGUUGUGAAAACCCUCGUCCAAGAGUUUGGGGCCGAUGUACUACUGCCGAUCAAGCUUGUCCAUGACUACAACAAGUCUCCGUGCGCAGCAAUUCUACCGUUGGUCCUCGCCUUGCAGCUCUCGCCCGAUAAAGCCAAGGAAAUGACUAGAAUGCUUAUCAGUCUCGGAGCAUCACCGGCUCAGGGCGAUCUGGACCAAGUUACGGCGUUGCACUACUUUGCUGCGCAUGGUGCCGACCUGCUCAACAUCAUGAUAUCGGCGAAUCGACCUGCAGCACAACAAGCUAUUAGUCACAUUUCCUUGAGUGGCUCUCGUUACGAUCCGUCCGCAACCAGUGUUUUGCAGGUAGCGAUCGAAAGUGGUGAUGCCGCUGGUGUAGACGCCCUUUUGGAGCUUGGGGCGAAGCCUGAGAUUGACUUUGCUGCCUACAUUGCUUCUGCGAAAAGCAAAUGGUCUUAUCUCGGCAAUGAUGCUGAAAGCAACCAGAGGAAGUUCAGACAAAGCAUCGAACAGCCUGUAUUUGCUGCAGUCCGUGCUGAUGCACCAUCAAUCGUAUUGACACUUCUUGAUGCCGGAGCAGAUAUCAACAGUCUCACCCCAAAAGCCUGGAGCGCGGUGGAAAAAAAGAACAAUUACCACGACGAUGAUACAGGCACUCUCUUGGAUAUUGUUCGUAUCACCUUAAGGAAGCUGCGUACGUUCGUUGAUCUGGGUAAAGUUGAUGGUCAAGACGGAUAUCUGUACUCUACAGGCUGGGUGGGCCGAUCUCGUUAUUACUACGGCAAUCGCAAUCGCUUCGCACCAGUACCUUUGAAAGAAGACGCUGAAUAUUUCCGAGAAUUCGAACCGGAUACCUACAGUCACUGGAUGGUAAGAAACCAGAUCGAAACCGCCAAGAAGACUUACGAACAAGACCUGAAGGGUCACGAAGAGUGGAAGGCGUCUGAGGAAGAACCCAAGGGUACAGAUGAGAAGAAGGCAGCUAUACAAUCUCUGCUGACCGAGCUUGAGACGUUAGAAGCUGAGCUGAUGAAACGAAACGCGAAGACCUUCAAAGAACUCCAUCCGGAUCUCGAACUUAAAGUACCUGGACCGAGCCAGUACGACUAUGGUAAUAGUUACAACCAGGACCCUCCAAAACCGUGGAAUCCGUUACUUACCUUCCGGCUUUCUGAUUUGACCGACGAACGACGAGUCGCUUACCUCAGGCUGUUUCAAGCAUGUUGGGUUGCCGACCUUCCGACCAUCAAGGAGCUUACCUUGACGAUCUGGGGGGAGAACCAGAGUCCUCUACAAGUCGCAGUCCAGGACUCACAAGAAUUCUCGCCAUUCUCUAUCGCGGUUCUGCGAAAGCAUUAUGGAAUCGCUCGAGCCAUCCUAGAAAUCGCACAUGCGCAAUAUGCACCCGAAGAGAAGCCAAUGGUCAAACACAGUCUACAGCCACGAGAUGAAGACAAUGAUAGCUGUGAUGGCGAGGACGAUUUCCAGAUCUAUGCUGAGAUUGUGGACGAUCAUUUCACUAUCGAGAACAUUGGAGAGGUGCAGAACCAGGUCAAAAGUAAUGUCACACCACUCCAACUGAUAUCGUGGAACUGCCCGGUGUUUGAUUUUCUCAACCAUGAUGAUACAUCAACGUCAGCAUGGCUUCCGCCCUCAGAACUCUCCAAUGGUCUUCGUAGCCAACGUUAUUCGGGCAGGCCUCGGACGAACGUUCGUACAAAUGGCGUACCGGAUUCGGCUCAGCAAGAUAUUCCCAAAGCCGAGAAACCAAGCAAUAUCUUUCAAUUCGCGAUAUACCUCGACGAUGCCAACUUACUACAGUUUCUGAUUGCCAGAGCCGAGGAGUACACGCAACACAGCAUCGAGGCUGAUGAGGAUACCGCUCCUAGGUUCUUCCAUUUCGAUGAAGUCGACUUCCUCUACGCGAUCCGCCUUGGCCGGACCCGCCUGCUGGAGAUCAUCAUCAAGAACACUGGAGCUGGCAUCCCUUUGGACGAUCUUGUCGAGAAGAGCGGUAUCGAGAUACCUGUGAAACCGAAGUACUAUCAGGGACUAUCGGUUCACGGGAGGAAGCGAGCGGAUUGGGCAAAUGAAGGGAGAGAGGUCCAGUCGAAAGCAGUUGGGGCGCAGCACCCGCCCUUACUUUAUGCUGCUUGGUACGGAAGCUUGGAGAGCGUUGAGUGGUUUUCAAGCGACACGGCUCUGUGCUGUUAUUCAGACUUUGCGGACAGCCAUCGAGACGAUAUUCGCAUUCAGAACUUGGCAAAGACUGAACGUGGCUUGCAGUCAUCCAUAACCAAGUGGCUCGACCUACGUUCACAUCUGCUGCUCCAUUCAGUGGUUCUCGGCAAGACGAACGAACAAUCUUUGAAUCUCCUCCGGCAUCUAUGUGAGAUCCACCCCAAGGCCCUCGAGCAUCGUUCUGCAAAUGGCAUGACACCCUUACAGCUUGCUUUUGCUUUGCAUCGUAUCGAGAUGGUGAGGGUCCUGCUGGAAGCUGGUGCUGAUCAAACCACACGCGAUAACACCGGAGCAAAUAUUGUCCACUCGAUCUUCAACAACAUCAAUCGACAGAACAAAGGUGUGGAACAGACCCGGGAGUUACUCGGGCUUAUAGAUGCUCGUCUUCUCUCCAGCUUGUUCACCGAGCGCACAACGGAUAUGCCUGGCGCAGCUACGCCUCUUGCGCGCUGGCUUCACGUUGCCUCCAUUGGAAGCUCAGUCGUGCCUUACAACGAAGAAGUCCUCAAGCUCAUACUCGAGUUCAGUAAGGGUGAAGACCUCAGCAUCGUGAAUGGCGAAGGCGAUACACCCAUCCACGCCAUCGUAAGACGCGGUGCCGACGCGCUCCUCCGCAUCAUGCUACAAUGUUGUCCUGGCCUUCUUUUCCGUGAGAAUGCAUCAGGACGUACGCCGUUCGAAAUGGCCGAGGACACAUACCUAGCUAAGCUAGUUUUCAGCAACCUUCCGUCUCUGUCGGCUUCGGGCCAUUUGCACUCCCACAGGGGACAUUAUCGUCGCGCUCGCGGGCAAACGAGGAGCAGCAUGCUUGUACGAGACCCAAAGACUUUCGUCGAAGAGCCCGACGACACUCGCUCAGGUAAGGAGAAGGUGUGGGAGGUCUGCAAAGAGUUUGCAAAAAAAAGUGAAGGACAGAAGAGACAGCUCGUUAGUCUGGUCGAAGCAAAUGAGGUCGCUAAAAGACUGGCGUUGCGAGAACGGAGUAGUUCUGCAAUGGAUGAGGAAGAUGACGAGGACGAGGACGAGGACGAGGAGGACGAAGAGCGUGUUGCAGGCGACGAGGUUAACGCCUGGUUUCAAGAGGCGAUCUAUGCAGAUCGCUAG